CCCGGCGGCUUCGGAGACAUCCCCUCCGGUUCCUGGCAGACGAGUGCUGUGCUGUGUGCGGGUGGCUGUGCCCUGCUGGCCCUCAGCUCCCUGCUGGCCAUCGUUGCUGUCCUGCUGCCCGGCGGAGCCUGCGAGCGCCGAGUCUGCACCCUGGCUGGCUACAUACAGACAGCAGCAGUGUUCAUAAUGGCUUCUGGGCUUUUGGUUUACCCUUUUGGUUUCAACUCUGCUACUGUGAAGAGAUUCUGUGAGAACUCAGACAUCUACUAUGCAGGAGACUGCCAGAUUGGAUGGGGGUACAUGCUGGCAAUUGUUGGGGUCAUGUUGUCUGUCUUUUUACCAUUCUUUGCAAAAUAUGCACCAAAAGAGUACAUAUCUCCAACUCCAAUACCUACUAUUUUAUAGUAUUUUAUUACUCUUUAAGAACAGAACAUUCCUGUCUACAGUAAUGGGCAGAAAUUAUUAAAGCACUUCCAGUUGGCUGUGUUGCUAAAGAGAGGAGAGGAGACGGGGAAGAGAAGGUCAGAUUGACAAAGACCAAAAGUGCAUUGAAAGUCUUCCGUAAGCGCGAGCAGCGAACACUCUGGAAUUGAAAUAGGAUUAAUCAGCAGCCUUUACACUGCUCUAAACAGAUAAUGGCAUACUGCCUUAGACAAAAAAAUAUAGCAGUUUAUCCUCAAAACAUCUGUCUACCUCCCAGUUUCUUUUGUGUCUCAAAAUUGAGUCUUAAAAGCUUCAAUUCACUUUUGAUAUAUUGUGAAAUGUCAGAACUUUUAUGAACCCAGUAACUUUAAAAUCAUUAAUGAUAUUUUGUUACCAUUAUUUUCAUUAGUGAAAGAAGCACCUACUAGUAGCCACAGCCUAAAAUUAAGAUUGAUAGCUAAAAAGAGUUGUAUACAAGAAAAAAAGUUUCUUUUUAAUCUGUAUAAAUCUAUUAGCAGCACCUGCAUAUUGUAAAUUCUGGGCACAGUUUUUACUUCUGCUCUAAUUGCCAAGAUAUAGAGAGAUCUUCACAGUCUUGGGUAAAACUGAAAUUUCUUUUUUUGUGAGAGCUCCAACUACUUCCAAAAGCUUCAUGAUUAUUUAACACUUUAACAAUAGGAAAAAAAAAAUCCUAAGAAUUUGUUUUCAGUAUUUCUUAAAUUAUAAUUCUAGGUGGACUUUAGCAAACUGUUUUGAACUAUGACAAGUGUAGAUUUUGGGUUUUGUUGUUUGAGGCUGAAAAGAAAAAAAUCUCUGUUUACAAAAAUACCUGUGCCCAGUAUCCCUUAUCUGUGGUGACAAUACAAGCCAGAAUGAACUAAUUCCAGUAUUUCCAUUGCAAUUCAGAGUCCAGAUUGUGAAACAAAAAAGUGAAGUAAAAUGCUAUUGAACGUGACUAACAAAAAUCUGAUGCUGUGUCAGAACUACAAAUGGCCAUAUUUCAUUUGUAUGGAAAUUUUGUGAAGUCUGAUUUCCACAAUAGCACUGAAUUCAUUAUUAUCAAGCAUUGAAAUAAGUGCACUUGAUUGCCUUAAGCAAAAGAAACAUUGGGUUCUAAUCUCACACCACUGUUGUUUUUUCUCAUUUGAAAUAAAAAUUUAAUUCUAAUUCUAUUCUCAUUUUUUAUUUUCUAUUAUUUAUUAAAAGGAAAAAAUCACAUAGGAUAUAUUUAAUUCAGAGCUGUACUUCUUAGUUUUGUAUUUUGGCACAAACCAGGUGAUCAAAUUUAUUAUUCUUCACUUAGCUGAGUCCAACUGAUUCCUGAAUUUUUAUUUUUUUAAUGGAAGGUGUACAUGAAGGGACAGACAGAGACAUGUUGAGGAUGUGUAAGAAAAUGCAAACAGAACAAUCACUGUGUUAUUUUAAUAUACAUCAAAGACUUCUGCAGUCUUGUUUACAUUCCUCACCCUUCUAAACUUCAAUGGAACAUUGCAUUGUUUUCCAAAACACUUGUACUGUUGUUACAUUUCCAUGCACUCUAAAAGCAAAUUCUGAAUAUAAGCUUAGCAAGUUCUUUGAAAAUACAGAUUCCAAUGCAGAAUUAAGCACACUGAGAAAGAAAGUAUGAGUGCUCUGCACUUUUGCUCACAUGGACUGAGAAAUUAAAUCUUCCAAAUAUUUAACAAAAUAGGUUGAAGGAAUACCCUAAAGAAGAAUAAACUUCAGUCACUUCUGUAUGUUAAUGUGCUUUUCAGUGAUGUCUUACACUUUUUUUAAUGAAUGGCUGAGAUUGAUAAUUUUCAUGUAAGAGUCAGAAAAGUGAGGAAUAACAAACAACAUGCAAAAAGAAAAUAAUCACCACAAAGUAGAAAGACAGAGAUGCAGGCUUUUCUUUCCUAACCAACCUGUGC